GCGCCGUGACCCCAUGUGAAACGUCUACUGCAAGAAGCCCUGUUCACCCGCAGAGCGGCGCGCAAUGGAGCUGUGAAGCCAUCCGUUUGAGAUCCUUUCCUCCACGCCCUCGCAGGCGCUGUAAACAAGCAUUUCUCAGAAGACUUGGCUGCUGAUUAACGGCGUGACUAUGUGGAUUCAGAUUCGGACAAUUGAUGGGAAGGAAACCAGAACCAUAGAAGAUCUAUCCAGACUAACAAAAAUAGAGACUUUGAGACUGAAAAUUCAGGAGAUUUUCGAUGUUAACCCGGAGCAGCAGCGCUUAUUCUACAGAGGGAAACAGAUGGAGGAUGGCCAGACGCUGUUUGACUACAACGUGGGCCUUAAUGACAUUGUUCAGCUCCUAAUUCGCUCCCAGACUGAUCCUCCAGACAGUCCUACCCCUCAGGAAUGUGAGGAUGUGACCAGUGGUCCUUCUCCAUUCACCACCACACCUGUUGUGAUUCCAUCCUCUCCAUCAGCUGGAGCCACAGUCAACAGCAACAGCAGCAGUAACAGCCAGGGGAAGUCCUGCAAUCCUCCGGCAGACAACCAGCCAUCCACAUCCAGCAAAUCCUUCCUGAUCGACCCUGGGAUUGGGGUGCACAAGAUAAAUGAGUUGGUGGACUGCAGAGACAUCAGCAUUGGUUCUUGGUUUGAGGCGACCAUUGAGAAUGUCACUCAUGCCAGUACGGGACUGAACAGCAAGGCCGCUGUUGCCACGGCAGCCAGAGGUGGCAAACCCAGCACAAGGACUAAUGGGAAACUGGAGGUCGAGCAGACCAUAGCCAGCCGGGACAAUAACUGCAACUCUGUGCUAAACUCAGACAUUAAUGAGCCGUCCACCUCCCAGUCGGACUGCACACUCAUCCAGGAUAAGCUCAUCUACCAUAUCAAAUAUGAGGAUUACCCAGAGAAUGGCGUAGUAGAGAUGACACCAGAGGACGUGCGACCGCGGGCUCGGACCCUGCUCCGCUUUGACCAGCUCAAGGUUGGACAAGUGGUCAUGGUGAAUUACAACCUGGAGAUCCCAGAAGAGCGGGGCUUUUGGUAUGACGGAGAGAUAACAGCCCUCAACGAGAGAUCGAGGACAAAUAAAGAGGUCAGAGUGAAGAUCCUUCUAGGGGGCCCUGGUGAUGUCUUAGGAGACUGCAAGGUUGUCUUCCUUGAUGAGAUUUAUGAGAUUGAGAGGCCAGGAGCUCCCGCGCUCUCUCCAUCGGAUGGAAAGUUCAAACGUAAAAGCGGGCCUGAGUGUAAGCACUGCAAGGCGGAUCCGGAUGUGGAGUGCCGCUUCUGUUCAUGCUGUGUGUGUGGGGGCAAGCAGGACGCUCACAUGCAGCUUCUGUGUGACGAGUGCAAUAUGGCUUUCCAUAUCUACUGCCUCAACCCUCCCCUCUCCACCAUCCCAGAAGAUGAGGACUGGUACUGCCCCACAUGCAAGAAUGACACAAAUGAGGUCGUGAAAGCUGGGGAGAAGCUCAAGGCUAGCAAGAAGAAGGCAAAGAUGCCCUCUGCUAACACUGGGAGCCAGAGGGACUGGGGAAAGGGUAUGGCAUGUGUGGGACGUACCAAAGAAUGUACAAUAGUUCCUUCUAAUCACUAUGGUCCCAUUCCUGGCGUUCCCGUGGGAACAACAUGGAAAUUCCGUGUGCAGGUGAGUGAGGCUGGUGUGCACAGGCCACAUGUAGGAGGUAUCCAUGGGCGCAGUAAUGAUGGCUCCUAUUCGCUGGUUCUUGCUGGAGGCUUUGAGGAUGAAGUGGACAGGGGUGAUGAGUUUACUUACACAGGAAGUGGGGGUCGGGACCUUUCUGGAAACAAGCGUAUUGGCGAGCACUGCUUUGACCAAACACUCACACACAUGAACAGGGCCCUGGCACUGAACUGUGAUGCACCCCUAAAUGAUAAAGAUGGCGCAGAGUCUCGUAACUGGCGUGAGGGGAAGCCGGUCCGGGUCGUGCGGAGCUCCAAAGGACGACGAAUCAGCAAGUACGCUCCUGAAGAGGGAAAUCGCUACGAUGGUAUCUACAAGGUGGUGAAGUACUGGCCAGAGAUUGGGAAGUGUGGCUUUCUGGUGUGGCGGUAUCUGUUACGGCGUGAUGAGCAGGAGCCGGCACCGUGGUCUCCUGAGGGGGCUGAACGAAUCAAGAAGCUCGGCCUCAAAGUGCAGUACCCCCCAGGUUAUCUGGAAGCCAUGGCCAACAAGACUAAGAAGGAAGCCAGUGUGAGAGUGGGCAUGCGCGGCAAGAGACAUUCUGGGAGAGGCCGACCAAAAAAUACCCCCCCUCCAAAGAAGCCAAAAGAAGAAAAGGAGGAAAAAGACAUGGAAAUACCAACUGUCAUCGCAGCUGGUGGGCAUCAAAGCAAUGGCAGUCAGAAAAAACCCAAGGGCAAAGACAUGUGUGUAGAGAAGGCCAGUCAACCCCAGAAGGAGAAAGAGGUGGAGGCCUUCCAGCUGAGUGAGGAGCAGCAGAACCUGAUCCGAGAGGACCAGCCCAACAAAAAGAGUUGGGAUGAAGCUAUGGACUUCCUGCUCGAGGGGCCAAACUUUUUGAAGAAAGUGGAGCAGAGCUUCAUGUGUGUGUGCUGCCAGGAGCUUGCCUACCAGCCCGUCACUACUACAUGUCUGCACAAUGUUUGUAAGAGCUGUCUUCAAAGGUCAUUCCGUGCAGAGGUUUACAGUUGCCCUGCUUGUCGCCAUGACCUGGGAAAGGAUUAUAUUAUGAUCCUUAACAAGACACUACAACAGCUUCUUGAUCAAUUCUUCCCUGGAUACAGCAAGGGUCGAUGAGCCUGUCCCUGGAUAGACAUACCAGCUCUAACACUCACACACACACACGUAUUAUAUAUAAAUAGAUAUAUACAAAAUACGUGUGUCUGAGUG